CUCUGCUUCAGCUCCACCACGCCUCCAUCAUCCCUUUCCUUCGCUCCUUUCACUCUUCAUCCCGCUCGCUUUCAGCCACUUUACGCCUCUUCUCCUCUCCCAUUGCAACACUCAUUUAUAUGUACACCGUUUCUUAAACCUUUUGAGUGCUCCCCUCUCCUCCUCUCAAUUCCAUCUGGUUUGUCAUGAAUGCAUUGAUUGCUCUUGCCGUCUGGUGUCAACCCCAUGGCCCAGUCACAAUUCUCACUACACAGCAUCGUCGUCCUCCUUCGUCCUCACCUUGCAAUGGAACGUCUUCAUCCAGAAACACACGAACCACCAAUGCUGACAAUGGCAACGCCGCCAAUAACAGCAGCGAUACCCCUUCAUUACCAUCUUUACCUCACAAUAUUUCCAUAGCCCAACCGAUUGCUCUGCUCGAAGACCAUCCCUCUUCAGUUCAUAAUAAGGGUACUCUCCCUCCUACCUCAACCUCAACCUCAUCAUUCGACUCGCAAACUGCUCUAGUGAACAGCUCUAAUUCCGUCUCUGUCACAGGAGCAACAACAGGAACAAAUCCUUUGCCACCUCUUGAAACUAAAAAAUCAAGACGUUCAAUACAUCAAUCGUCACUUAAUGGAUCCUGUCAGGUUUCCAUUGCCAAUCGUCCAUCCUCAGCCCACCCUGCACUCAAUUCAUCGAGCAAUAGUAAUCCAUGUGAAUGUCAGUUCAGUAUCCCAAGUGGAGAAAAGUCACUUCAUUCGGUCGAUCCCAUCAAUCAUGAGCUCUCUUACAUUAGUCAGCCCAUUCCAGUGGAUGCCAGUCUGUUUGCACCUAUUCGUAUUGCCUGCAUUCGAUCCCUCAACUCAGAAACCUACUGCGGACGCGAAGGUUCUGUUUUCUUUGGCGACGGUGUCAAUGGCUAUGUGCUCUCAUACAUGUUUACAGUCUACGACGCACAGUCACGCGGACAUAGAGUCAAGUACACAAUUAUGACCAUGAUGACAGAUCGGGUUUAUCUUGUUGCCAGCAUGGAAUAUUUGAUCAGUCAAUUUCAAGUGAUCGCAUCGAACCUCCAAUCGAUGGCAAACGCUCUAUGUCCUCCGCAUCAAUCAUCCGCAACGCGGUCUCUAUCUUACUCUUCAUCCCAUCAUCGAGGAUCCAUCAUGCCAGAGAAUGCCCCGACCAAACGUGGACGACCAUUAACAGACGUUUUAGCCAAACCAGAUAUUUUUGUUCAAUUGCAUGCUGCAUUUGUUUCUGUGCUGAGCAGCUGCAGUCGGAGGCUAACAGAACGAUAUAUUCAAGGACGUCCUAUUAGCGAUCCUCAUCCAUAUGAGAAAAUAAAUGAGCGGCAAUCGAGCGAUAAUGGACACCAAAGCAUCAUCAUUGAAUCUUUGAGAGAUCUACGACGAGCACUUGGACCCCAGCAAUUCAAUCGCCUUAUAUGGAACAGUGUUGUAGGUAAUCAAGUCAUCGUGCGCGGAGAAGAGCCCAGUGUUGUUCAUGACAUUAUCAGGUUACUAGAGGGGAUUUUGCCUAAAGAUUGCUGCACUGUUAUUCUGGACGGAUCCUGCUAUGAGCCGAGCUAUGCGUGUAAUAUCCUUGGACUCCAUCGUUCUAUCCCAAUUCCAACUGAUUUGGACCCACAAGACUUUAUUUUACUUGACAUCUGUACAAAUCCUCUUGGUCAUGACAUUCCAACUCCCCCAACAUCUUUACCUGUUGAUACUCGCCGCAAGAAUGGAUCUGAAGACAUGUCUCCUGUAUACCAAGCGGAUUGGUCUAACGCGACACUAGUAUCAGACAUAAAAGAUCUAAGCGUCCAUAUGGAGAAAGUUGUGGCUGUUACGGAGGGGAAGCCUUCGAAUGGUUCAAUUGAUCAUACCCAACCUCCGACAUCUUUGCCAAGCAAUCUGCAUUCGCCUAAGGGGGGCGCUUUAUGGCAGACAAGGAAAUAUCUCCUGCAGGCAGGAGAGGAACCACCAGAAACAUUAUACCUCGAUAACUUUAAAGAUACGAAUGGGAAAGAUACGUUAGGGAGGAGAACGCUUUCGCCUCAAAAACACCCUUGUCUUCUUUAUAUCGAUACUUUGAACGGUAUACUGGACUAUAAACUACCUCGAACUAUAGAGUCUAGGAGACUGAUAGUGCUUCGAGAUGAAUGGGUCAGCAAAUCAAUACAGUUUCACAACUUGUACAAGACAGGUAAAGCAUCGGAUGAGAGCGUAGUGGAAGCAUUUUUGCAAUCCAUGCGAGUAGAUAAACGCGAUCUAAAGAUUCUGCGGUUCUUUACACGCUGUGCCAAAUCAAAUUCAUUGCAAAAGUUUAGGAAUGAGGAUGCUAUUGCAACCUCAGGAAUCGCAGCCUAAUAAUAAUAAAAUGACC